AGAGUGGCCACAUCUGGUGGAAGAAGAAAAAAAUGUAGUUAUUGAAUUCAGUCAAGUGUUUGCGUCUUUGAAGCUUUCAACAGAAUUCCAUUAAGAAAGGUUCUGGCUGGUCUCACAGACAUAUGGAUAUCCAAGGAGCCACCUAAGGAUGGAGAAAUCAAGGCACAGAGAGAUUAAGUGACUUUGCCACAGUCACAAACUGGGGAGGACCAGGAGUGGAACUGAGAGCGAGCCCCGGACUCUGGGCCUGCAUCCUGCCAGGAGUCACGCUGCCUCCGUUCCUAGGAGGGAAGACUGCCUGCAAGAUGGAGGUGGACACCGAGGAGAAGCGGCAUCGCACGCGGUCCAAAGGGGUUCGAGUUCCCGUGGAACCAGCCAUCCAAGAGCUGUUCAGCUGUCCCACCCCUGGCUGCGACGGCAGUGGUCAUGUCAGUGGCAAAUAUGCAAGACACAGAAGUGUAUAUGGUUGUCCCUUGGCGAAAAAAAGGAAAACACAAGAUAAACAGCCCCAGGAACCUGCUCCCAAGCGAAAGCCAUUUGCCGUGAAAGCAGACAGCUCCUCCGUGGACGAGUGUGAUGGCAGUGAUGGGACGGAAGACAUGGACGAGAAGGAGGAGGACGAGGGGGAGGAGUACUCUGAGGACAACGAGGAGCCCGGGGAUGAGGACGAGGAGGACGAGGAGGGGGACCGGGAGGAGGAGGAGGAGAUCGAGGAGGAGGAGGAGGACGAUGACGAAGACGGAGAGGAUGUGGAGGACGAGGAAGAGGAAGAGGAGGAAGAGGAGGAGGAAGAAGAGGAGGAAGAAGAAAACGAAGACCAUCAAAUGAAUUGUCACAAUACUCGAAUAAUGCAAGACACAGAAAAGGACGAUAACAAUAAUGAGGAAUAUGACAAUUACGAUGAACUGGUGGCCAAGUCGCUGCUGAACCUCGGCAAGAUCGCCGAGGACGCGGCCUACCGGGCCAGGACUGAGUCGGAAAUGAACAGCAAUACCUCCAACAGUCUGGAAGACGACAGUGAGAAAAACGAAAACCUGGGUCGGAAGAGUGAGUUGAGCUUAGACUUAGACAGCGACGUCGUUAGAGAAACGGUGGACUCCCUUAAGUUAUUAGCCCAAGGACACGGUGUCGUGCUCUCAGAAAACAUGAAUGACAGAAGUUAUGCAGACAGCAUGUCGCAGCAGGACACUAGAAAUAUGAAUUACGUCAUGCUGGGGAAGCCGAUGAACAAUGGACUGAUGGAGAAGAUGGUGGAGGAGAGCGACGAGGAGGUGUGUCUGAGCAGUCUGGAGUGUCUGAGGAAUCAGUGCUUCGACCUGGCCAGGAAGCUCAGCGAGACCAACCCGCAGGAGAGGAAUCCGCAGCAGAACAUGAACAUCCGCCAGCACGUGCGGCAGGAGGAGGACUUCCCGGGAAGGACGCCGGACAGAAACUACUCGGACAUGCUGAACCUCAUGCGGCUAGAGGAGCAGCUGAGCCCGCGGUCGAGAGUGUUCUCCAGCUGCGCGAAGGAGGACGGGUGCCACGAGAGGGACGAGGACGCCACCUCCGUGAACUCGGACCGGUCCGAAGAGGUAUUUGACAUGACCAAGGGCAACCUGACCCUGCUGGAGAAAGCCAUUGCUUUGGAAACGGAAAGAGCAAAGGCCAUGAGGGAGAAGAUGGCAAUGGAAGCCGGGAGGAGGGACAAUAUGAGGUCAUAUGAGGACCAGUCUCCAAGACAACUUCCCGGGGAGGACAGAAAGCCUAAAUCCAGUGACAGCCAUGUCAAAAAGCCAUACUAUGGUAAAGAUCCCUCAAGAACAGAAAAGAAAGAGAGCAAGUGUCCAACCCCGGGGUGUGAUGGAACCGGCCACGUAACUGGGCUGUACCCACAUCACCGCAGCCUGUCCGGAUGCCCGCACAAAGAUAGGGUCCCUCCAGAAAUCCUUGCCAUGCAUGAAAGUGUCCUCAAGUGCCCCACUCCAGGCUGCACGGGGCGCGGGCACGUCAACAGCAACAGGAACUCCCACCGAAGCCUUUCCGGAUGCCCGAUCGCAGCAGCAGAGAAACUGGCCAAGGCGCAGGAGAAGCACCAGAGCUGUGACGUGUCCAAGUCCAGCCAGGCCUCGGACCGUGUGCUCAGGCCAAUGUGCUUUGUGAAGCAGCUGGAGAUUCCUCAGUAUGGCUACAGAAACAAUGUCCCCACAACUACGCCGCGUUCCAACCUGGCCAAGGAGCUCGAGAAAUAUUCCAAGACCUCGUUUGAAUACAACAGUUACGACAACCAUACUUAUGGCAAGCGAGCCAUAGCUCCCAAGGUGCAAACCAGGGAUAUAUCCCCCAAAGGAUAUGAUGAUGCGAAGCGGUACUGCAAGGACCCCAGCCCCAGCAGCAGCAGCAGCAGCAGCUACGCGCCCAGCAGCAGCAGCAACCUGAGCUGCGGCGGGGGCAGCAGCGCCAGCAGCACCUGCAGCAAGAGCAGCUUCGACUACACGCACGACAUGGAGGCGGCGCACAUGGCGGCCACCGCCAUCCUCAACCUGUCCACGCGCUGCCGCGAGAUGCCACAGAACCUGAGCACCAAGCCGCAGGACCUGUGCGCCGCGCGGAACCCUGACAUGGAGGUAGACGAGAACGGAACCCUGGACCUCAGCAUGAACAAGCAGAGGCCGCGGGACAGCUGCUGCCCCAUCUUGACCCCCCUGGAGCCCAUGUCUCCCCAGCAGCAGGCCGUGAUGAACAACCGGUGUUUCCAGCUGGGCGAGGGUGACUGCUGGGACUUGCCCGUAGACUACACCAAAAUGAAGCCCCGGAGGAUAGACGAGGACGAGUCCAAAGACAUCGCUCCAGAAGACUUGGACCCAUUCCAGGAGGCUCUAGAAGAGAGACGGUAUCCAGGGGAGGUGACCAUCCCAAGUCCCAAACCCAAGUACCCUCAGUGCAAGGAGAGCAAAAAGGAUUUAAUAACAUGUCCAACUCCAGGGUGUGAUGGGAGUGGUCAUGUGACUGGUAAUUACGCCUCACACAGAAGUCUGUCUGGCUGCCCCCUGGCGGACAAAAGCAUUCGAAGUAUGCUGGCCACCAGCUCCCAAGAACUCAAGUGCCCCACGCCUGGCUGCGACGGCUCGGGACAUAUCACCGGCAAUUACGCUUCUCAUAGGAGCCUUUCAGGUUGCCCGAGAGCAAAGAAAAGCGGUAUCAGGAUAGCACAGAGCAAAGAAGAUAAGGAAGAUCAAGAGCCCAUCAGGUGUCCCGUCCCCGGGUGCGACGGCCAGGGCCACAUCACCGGCAAGUACGCAUCCCACCGCAGUGCCUCCGGGUGCCCAUUGGCGGCCAAGAGGCAGAAGGAUGGGUACCUGAAUGGCUCCCAGUUCUCCUGGAAGUCGGUCAAGACGGAAGGCAUGUCCUGCCCCACGCCAGGGUGCGACGGCUCAGGCCACGUCAGCGGGAGCUUCCUCACACACCGCAGCUUGUCAGGAUGCCCAAGAGCCACGUCAGCGAUGAAGAAGGCAAAGCUUUCUGGAGAGCAGAUGCUGACCAUCAAACAGCGAGCCAGCAACGGUAUAGAAAAUGAUGAAGAAAUCAAACAAUUAGAUGAAGAAAUCAAGGAGCUAAAUGAAUCCAAUUCCCAGAUGGAAGCCGAUAUGAUUAAACUCAGAACUCAGGUAACAAUUACCACAAUGGAGAGCAACCUGAAGACCAUCGAAGAGGAGAACAAGGUGAUUGAGCAGCAGAACGAGUCUCUCCUCCACGAGCUGGCGAACCUGAGCCAGUCCCUGAUCCACAGCCUGGCCAACAUCCAGCUGCCACACAUGGAUCCAAUCAAUGAACAAAAUUUUGAUGCUUACGUGACUACUUUGACGGAAAUGUAUACAAAUCAAGAUCGUUAUCAGAGUCCAGAAAAUAAAGCCCUACUGGAAAAUAUAAAGCAGGCUGUGAGAGGAAUUCAGGUCUGAACAGCUGCUGUAGUGAUGAAACUCUUGCUUAAAAAGGAUGCCUCUUGUUUUUUGCUGCUGUAACUUACCAGAAAGUGUUCUAUAUUGAUUUCUGUUUGGAACAGUGUUAUGCUUACAAGACUUCAUAAUGAUUUUAUGUCUUGCUUUAAAAAUAGUACCUGCAGAAUAGUUUUUGAAUACACCCACAUUUUGUACGUUUCCAUGUAAGCUGACAUAGUGUUCUGCCAUGUAAUGUUUAUAGCUGCUGAUGUAUGCACAUUUGGGGGUAUAUCUAUUUCUGAAGAGGUAAGCUGAUCAAAAUAAAUAGAGUGUAAAUUCUUUUUAAUGCUUUAGUGAUACAUGUUUUAGUAUUUUGAACUGAAACGGACACACACACACACACACACACACACUCACACACACAGCUUUGAAUGAUCAUGUUGUGGCCAGCGGCCACUUUUUAGACAUUAUCAUUUUGCCUCAUGUUGGAGGACUUUAUGGAAUUUAAGAAAUACAUUUUGUGUGCAUAUUGUUUCAUAGCAAGAAUUGGUUGCAAAAAUGCUUUAUUUUUGAACAAUGCUUGGAAAUAUUAUGUGACUUUUUUGUUUGUUUGUUUUAGGAGGAUGGUGUAUGGUGGGGGCAAUAAAUGAGGUUUUUUGCAUUCCAAGGAAAUGGCAUAUGGAUUAACUGUAAGAAAUGAAAUAAGUAAUUUAUUGUAAGACAACAUCAAGCCAUGGAAACUUGGCAGAAGAUUCAAAGCAGCUUACACAGCACUUUUAAAUUAACUCCUAAGCAUUACAUGGUGUGACUAUGGAAACUCCAGUUAAGACAGGAUCUUAUCAGAGGUGGACAACAUGAAGAUUUCCUUUUCCGUUUUCAAUAAACUUUGGAACAACCUUCCCGUAUCUCCCCUAGAGUUCCGUGCCCCUCUGAACUGUCUGUUACUGCAAUGUAGUUUAUCGACAGAGUUUGUGUGUUUUCAAUUUAAGCUAAAAGAUAAUUUAAGAGCAUUUAUUUCCCCUUUUCACUUUAAAAGAUUAUGAUUAUUACUAUGAUUGUUAUGAAUCUUCUUAUUUUACACUU